UCGAACGUGGUAUUUUCGCCCUACUUCCGACGGUCACACGCUUUCUAUUUGAUUUUCGUCUUGUCUCGUUUUUUUUCAACACAAUUUUUGUUAAACAAUUUACCGUGAAUUUUGUUGUUGUGUGUGUGGUUGUGUGCGCGCUAGCAACCGAAAAAGGGGAAAACGUGAAAAAACACAAAAGUGCUGCGAGGCUGCGAGGACGUGAGAGAAAUAAAGGGCAGAAAAUGCUGGCGAACAACAAAUCAUCAAGGUGAAACUGCGCGCCCUGGCAUUGAGUCUUCGCGGUGGUCGUCUGCCCAGAAGGGCGCUUUCCACACGCCCAAUCGCACGGGAACUGUGAGGCGCAGGCUCUUCGCUCGUUUCGGGCGCUUGAAAUCAAGGAAAAUUCAUCAGUUUUGGCGGCCAAUUUGCAAAUACAAAAUACUAAAUACGCUAGAUGGGUGCUGCACACACACGGGCACAGUGGCGAACGUAAAUACACGACGCAAACGGACGCAGGCAGCCCCUACAGUCGUCUCGCUCGCUCUGCCGGCGAACGCCAGGUCUGCCAGAGGGAGAUAGAGCCCUCUAGUACUUUAUACACACAUAUACUCCCAUUUUUUUUUAUUGUUCUUCUUGUUGUUUCGUACGUGUGUGUGAGAGUGCCAAAUGUCAUCGGAAAUUACAACACUGCUGCGCGACGACGUCGUCUAGGCGGGGGAAGAGGAGGAAGCCCUGGAAGAAGAAGCGCAACCGCAGCGGCAGCGGCAACAUAAACAAAAACACGACGGGAAUAGAGGGAGCAACAAAUCGAGAAAUAAGCCACAGCCACAGCCGCGAAGAUGUUGCCCGCCAACAAUAAGGGUAAUGCCCACACAACGGCAGCCACUUCCAGUGCCAACAGAUGCCUCAUCAAGUCGGCCAUCGAGCGGACGGUGGUGCGUUUGAAGGAGACGCCAACGGCCGCGGACACGGCCAGCGGCGCCUUCCAGGAGGCGGACGCGGACGCGGACACCGAUGCCGAGGGACCGUGCCUGGAAUACGAUAUUAUAAACUAUUAUGCGGAUGAUGGUGGGCGCACAGCGGGCGCAGGGGCAACGGCCACCGUUAGUCCGCGACAGCAGCAGCAACAGCAGUUGUCCUCUUCUCGCCACGGCGGCAGCAACAAUAACAAUAACGACAGUGGGUGCCAUCCAGCACUGGAUGCCAGCAGUAGUGUUGUUGUUGUUGUUGCACCGGCAGCGGGAAGGGACGAGCAACUGGAAGAGGCCGUGGAGCUGGAAGUGGUGGUGAAGAGGAGUAGCAGCAGCGGCAGCAGCAGCAGCAUUCCCGGCCUGGAAGCUGCAAUGGACAUGGACAUGGAUGUGGAUGUGGAGGGGGGAUCACCAGCCAAGCCUUUAAACCCAAAGAAACAACAGCCGCCGCCGCCGAAUCCAUCAACAAAUCGCUCUCGGGGCGGCGGUGGGGCGGCACAAAGUCGCCUACGCCGGUCGGCAGCGGUCGUUCCAGCGCGAUCGCAUCCAGAGGGCGGUUCCAGCAGCAAUUCCAACUCCAAUGCCAGUUGCAGUGCUUCCGGUGCUUCCAGUGCUUCCGGUGCUUCCAAUCCCUCGCCCUGCUCCUCCCUGGGCGUCAAUAUGCGCGUAACGGGACAGUGCAGCCAGGGCGGCCGGAAGUACAUGGAGGACCAAUUCUCGGUGGCCUACCAAGAGUCGCCCAUCACCCACGAACUGGAAUACGCGUUCUUCGGCAUAUACGACGGCCACGGCGGUCCCGAGGCGGCGCUCUUUGCCAAGGAGCACCUAAUGCUCGAGAUUGUCAAGCAGAAGCAGUUCUGGUCGGACAAGGAUGAGGACGUCCUGACGGCCAUACGCGAGGGCUACAUCGCCACACACUUCGCCAUGUGGCGGGAGCAAGAGAAAUGGCCCCGCACCGCCAACGGUCACCUGAGCACCGCAGGCACCACCGCCACAGUGGCCUUCAUGCGCCGCGAGAAGAUCUACAUCGGUCAUGUGGGCGACUCGGGGAUCGUUUUGGGCUACCAGAACAAGGGCGAGCGAAACUGGCGGGCUCGACCGCUGACCACGGACCACAAACCGGAAUCGCUGGCCGAGAAGACGAGAAUUCAGCGAGCCGGCGGCAAUGUGGCCAUCAAAUCGGGCGUUCCGCGCGUGGUGUGGAAUCGACCCAGGGAUCCAAUGCAUCGCGGCCCCAUUCGUCGCAGAACUCUGGUGGAUGAUAUACCCUUUCUGGCGGUGGCCCGCUCCUUGGGCGAUCUCUGGAGCUACAACUCCCGCUUCAAGGAGUUUGUUGUGAGUCCCGAUCCGGAUGUCAAGGUGGUCAAAAUCGAUCCCAGCACCUUUAGAUGUCUAAUCUUUGGCACUGAUGGCCUGUGGAACGUGGUGACCGCCCAGGAGGCCGUGGACAGUGUGCGCAAGGAGCAUCUUAUCGGCGAGAUACUCAACGAACAGGACGUGAUGAAUCCCAGCAAGGCGCUGGUGGAUCAAGCCCUCAAAACCUGGGCCGCCAAAAAGAUGCGUGCGGACAAUACGUCCGUUGUGACUGUGAUACUAACACCCGCGGCCCACAAUAGUGUACCCACAACCCCAGCGCGUUCCCCAUCCGCGAUGGCACGCGACACCGACCUGGAGGUGGAGCUACUGCUGGAGGAGGACGACGAGGAGCUGCCGCCGCUGGAUGCGGAGAACAACUACCCCGACUUUCUCAUCGAGGAGGAUGAGUAUGUGCUGGAACAGCCGUACAGUGCCUUGGCCAAGCGGCAUUUGCCUCCCGAAGCCUUUCGUGACUUCGAUUACUUUGGCUUGGGCGAGGACGAGCCGGAGGAAGAUGAUGAAACGGUGGAGGAGGAGCACUCGGAGGAGGAGGAGGAGGCGGAGGAGACCAAAUCCGUCGGCAUUCUGCAGCAGAGUCUGUUUAGCCCAAGAAAAACGUGGCGCAAGGCGGCCAUUAACAGCUCGUGGAGUGGUCAAGCUGAACCAGAACCCGAACCCGAGCCAGAUCGAUUGAAUGGCUCAGCAUUGGAGAUGUAUUCGCACACCAGCAUAGACAAGUGCGCCAUUUACGCCGACAGCAUAGUCACACCAGCAAUAAGUCCAGCGGAAAGGGCUGAAAAUCGAGAGCUCAGUGAACUGGAGCAGCAUUUGGAGAGUAGCUAUAGUUUCGCCGAGUCGUAUAAUACCCUUCUGAACGAACAGGAAGAACAGGAGGCACGCUCACGCUCCGCGGCGGCUGCCGCAGCCGAGGCGGCAGCACACCAAAACAGUGGCCAUUCCGCAUCCGUUGUGGUGGAUCGCAGCAUGUUUGAGAUUAUCCAGGAGCAGCAGCACUAUCAGCAGCAGGAGGGCUACUCGCUGACCCAGCUGGAGACCAGGCGCGAGAGGGAGCGCCUCACCGAAUCGUGGCCACAACAGCCGGCCGAGCUCAUCGAGCUGGAUGCCCUGCUGCAGCAGGAGCGGGCCGAGGAGGAGCAGGUGGCGCUGGAGCAGCAGCUGCAGCGCGAGCAGCAAAUGGAGGUGGAGGCCAUCAGUAGUUCGGGGCAGCAGCAGUUUGCCUUCCCAGUGGCCGCUGCCAAUUGGAUUGCUUCAACCUUACCGGACGACGAGGUGGAGGAGCUAGAGUCUGGGGUAAUAGACAUAGCCAUGGAACAGGAACUGGCGCAGGAACAUGAACAGGAGCUGCAGGACAACGAGGUGAGCUCUACGCUGCCCGCCACACCCACUCUGGUGGAUCCCGAGCUGCUUGUGGACAAAAAGGAGCCGAAAAAGCUGCCGGAGAAGCAGACCGAGAUGGAGAAACCACUCGCCAAGCCGGAAAAGAAGCCGGCGAAGAAGCAGGAGGCCAAACCGGAUCAAGGAUUCGUUGCUGUGCUGGAAACGGUGGCCGAAAUCCACAAAGAGGAUGCCCAUACUGUGCACUACCUAUUCGAGCACCUCCAGAAGCUGCAGGAAUCCGAGAUCUCACCCGUGGCCAGCGCCGCGACGGCUGAAGCUCUGCCGGGUGAAUCGGCGGGAGUGGGUGGAUCAAUGUCCGCCCCGCGAAUCCGCCAGAUGCGACGCUACCGCAACGUGCCCAACGAGAAUCACCAGCACAUGCAGACGCGUCGUCGCCAGAUGUUCAAGCACGGCAAGCCCAAGUCCUUCAUUGCCUCCAGUGCAGCGGCCAUUGUGGCCUAUGGCGAUAGCAGCGGUGGACCAGUUGGUGGAGCAGGCGCAUCCGGAUCGCCGGGUAAUCCGGCAGAGGGACGAGUGGGCGGCGGAGGAUCGGCCAGUGGCGGCAGCAAUCCAGCGGCGGCCGCAAAUCGCCGGCGCAGCGUCAACGUAGUGGCCAGUUCGAGUGGCAAUAGCGGUGGCAAUGUACCACCCAGCAGCUCCAUGAUGAUGACCCGUCGCAGUCACAGCUUGACGGCCAGCGGUGGUGUGAGUAAGAGGCAGCUGCGUAGCAGCCUUUGCAGCUUGGGCCUCGGAUUGGGUCUGGACAUGACCAAGCGAACGCUGCGUACCAGAAAUGUUCCCGUUUCGGCCGGCGCAGGCGGAGGCGGAGGAGGAGGUUCUUCCACACCCGUUGGCAACACCUCGCCUGCGAGUGGAGGCAGCAGUUCGGGCGUAUUCAGCAGCCCCGCCCACCCGGUCAGCACGCCGCGGGGCAAUGGUUCUCCUGGUGCGGGAGCCCUGAGCGCCAGGCGCCUGAAACGCAGCCACGAGGAUCGCGAGCAAAGGCGCAGCCUGCGGCGGAGCACCCUGAGUGCCAGUGCCGGCGCCAGUGGCCUAGUGGGCGGCGGAUCCUCGGCGAAUCCGAAACCCAAUCGCCUGCAGGCCUGCAAUGGAGCCAUAUCCGCGCGGCCGCCACCCUCGCCGAAGAAACUGAAUGCGGCGGUGCCCACGCUGGCGAUUGGAACGCGGGCCUACACGGCAGCCUUGGCGGCGGCGGCGGAUCACCUCAACAAGCGCUGGUCACUGAGGAGCAGCAGCGGCAGUGGCAGUGGCGGCGGCGGCAACUCCAGCAACCUGAUAACAACCAUUAGUUGCUACAGUGCCAGGAGCAGGGCGGCGGCGGUGGGAGCAGGAGGAUCGCCGGGAUCUGCGGGCGGAGCAGCACCAGGACCAUCACUGGCCGCGCCCACUGGGGCCACGCGAAGGCGCUAGGCAAAACUGUAACAGAAAUAAAACCCAAAAUCAAGCUGGGCGAGCAACUUGCAAGUACAAAUCCCAAGCAACGGAAAACCUAAAAUCCUAGUUCUACUUUAUCCAAAAUGCAAAAUUGUGUAAUAUAACAAACAAAUUUUAUGUGCACACCACACACACACACACACACACACACACAUGGGAUAUAUCGUUUUAUUGUAUAUAGAACACCAUAUAAAUCGCAUAAUACAUAUAAAUAUAUAUAUUUAUACCUAAGCCUAAACAGUAAAACAGAUUCAUAGUGUAGCUAUAAAACGCAGUUAGUAAAUAGCAUCUGCAGAUAUGUAGUAUACAUAUAUAUUUUUUGUAUUGCCUGCAGUAAGCAGUUCUCCAAAACAUCCGACAGUUUUCCUCCAUACAAAUGUCCUUUUUCUAUUUUCAAAUUGAUUGUGAACUUGGAAGAACAACACAUCGGAAAGUAUUUAUCUUGUCUUUUGGUUUACAAUUUUACGCUAAGUUGACUAAGCUAGCUCAUAAGUUAAGUUAACAAGAGAGAUGCUAAUAACUUUAAUCACUUACUUUCUUUUUUUGUGCUUCGUUUGUAAGACGUUUACUCCUCGCGAUUGCAUAUUAAGUUUAUGUCAUCGCGCUCUCGUGCACUAAGCAUAAUCCAAUGAAAUACAUAUGAUAUUUUUGCAUAA